UGGGUCUCCCGCAGGCGGGGGCGGCUCCGGGCGGAGAGAAAACGGCAGCGCCAGAGCCCCGGUGGGAAGCUCUACAUCGACCCCCUGACGUACGAGGACCCCGAGGUGGCGCUGAGGGACUUCACGCAGGAGAUCGACGUCACCUGCGUCACCAUCGAGGAGGUGAUCGGCGCAGGUGAGUUCGGCGAGGUGUGGCGCGGGCGCCUGUCCCUGCCGGGCCAGCCCGAGGCCGAGGUGGCGGUGAAGACGCUCAAGGGCGGCGCGGGCGAGCGGCAGCGCCGGGAGUUCCUGCGCGAGGCCGCGCGCAUGGGGCAGUUCCGGCACCCCAACGUGGUGCGGCUGCGCGGCGUCGUCGGUGGCGCCAUGAUCGUCACCGAGUUCCUGCUGCACGGCGCCCUCGACGCCUUCCUCAGGGGCCGCGAGGGCACCCUGUCCCCCCUCCAACUCGUGUCCAUGCUGCGCGGGAUCGCGGCCGGGAUGCGCUACCUGGCCGAGGCCGGGUUCGUUCACCGCGACCUCGCCGCGAGGAACAUCCUGGUGGACGCGCACCUGGUGUGCAAGGUGUCGGACUUCGGGCUGUCCCGGGCGCUGGACGGGGACAGGGACAGCGACCCCACCUACACCAGCUCGCUGGGCGGGAAGAUCCCGAUCCGCUGGACGGCGCCCGAGGCCAUCGCGUUCCGGACGUUCACCUCGGCCAGCGACGCCUGGAGCUACGGGAUCGUCAUGUGGGAGGUGCUGAGCUUCGGGGAGCGGCCCUACUGGGACAUGUCCAACCAGGACGUGAUCAACGCCAUCGAGCAGGAUUACCGCCUGCCGCCGCCGCCGCGCUGCCCGCCACCGCUGCACCGCCUGAUGCUGCAGUGCUGGCAGCGCGAGCGCGGCGCCCGCCCCACCUUCCCUCACCUGGUGCGCGCCCUCGACCGCCUCAUGCGCCGCCCCGAGAGCCUCCGCGCGCCCGGCCCGGACCCCCGCAGGUGGGGACAGGUGUGGGGGGGGUGGGCGCGCCUGGGGGAGGGGUGUGAGUGCACCUGGAGCGAUGGGGAGGGGUCUGAGUGCACCUGA